AUGCCAUUUCCUCAGAAACUCUGUCAAGAGGAAAAGGAUAAACAAUUUACCCGCUUUGCGGAGUAUCUCAGAACAUUAGAGAUAAAGAUCCCUUUUGCAGAAGCUCUUGAACAGAUACCUUCUUAUGUAAAGUUCAUGAAGGACAUUCUAAGUCAUAAGAAGGAUUGGAGAGAGACACAAACAGUCCUCCUCAUUGAGGAAUGCAGUACAAUCAUUCAGAACAGCUUACUAGAGAAGCUUAAAGACCUUGGAAGCUUUAUGAUACCAUGCACUCUAGGUGAUGCUUGUACAAGGACAGCUUUAUGUGACCUUGGAGCAAGCAUCAAACUAAUACCUGCUUCACUAAUAAAGAAGCUUAGUUUGACUGAUGAAGUCGAACCAACUCGCAUGUGCCUUCAACUUGCUGAUGGUUCUAUUAAGAUACCAUCAAGAGUAGUUGAAGACAUGAUUGUCAGGGUUGGACCCUUUUCCUUUCCCACUAACUUUGUGGUGUUGGACAUGGAGCGGUGA